UCACCCACCAUUUCUCACCGAGCCCAAGUCAUGAAACUACCAGUACUUCCUCAUUAGCUCUCUCUUUGACCUCAAUUUUCUCCACCCUCUUGCUCUCUCUCUCUCUCUCUCUCUCUCUCAUUGAAGUGUACAAUAAAUAGAGAAAAAUGCUGGGCAAGAAAAUAGUGUCCUUCAGGAAGCUAGCUAAGAAGGUAAAGGUUAUAGGUGGAGUUGAUCAUCAAGUUCAAGAGGCAUCACAUGAAGAAUAUUUGCUCAAGGAAUGUUGGGAAGGUUCUCCAGAUUCUUCCACAACCCCAACUGGGUUCUUUGCAGUAUAUGUAGGAGAGGAGCGCCAGAGGUUUGUGGUGCAAACCAGCUUUCUUAAUCACCCACUUUUCAAGAUGCUAUUGGAGAAGUCAUGCAAUGAGUUUGGGUUUGAGCAAAGCACUGGACUAGUGGUUCCAUGCACUGUCUCGACUUUCCAAGAAGUUUUAAAUGCUGUAGAAUGCAGCAAUGGGAAGUUUGACUUUGGGAAACUUGUUGAGGAGUUUGUUUGAUUAGAUUGUAGAAGAUAGAUCAUAUAGAGAGAGAGGCUGUUUCAACCAAUGUAUAAGUGCUCAAUUGGGCACUGCAAGUAUCUCUAAUAGGUGCUUGUGAUUCAAUGGAUGUAAUACUAUAACAUGUAUCAUACAAUAUACACCUCAGUUAGCUCUUCCAAAAUUUCUCAGACCCCUAGUGAUGAAUCAUAGGAAUUACAGCUUUCAAUCAUGAUUGAAAGCAGUUAUACGCAUCUAAUUUGACUGUAAAAUCUCUUAUUGUUGAAUAAGAGAUCUGAGGUUCAAUUUUC